AUGAUUACGAUAGAAUCCUUUACCUCCCAUGAUAUCACUCUUAACAAUGGUGAGACAACGCACUACGACGAGGCUGGUUCCAAAAUCGGAGUUCCUCUGAUAUUCCUGCAUGGCUACCCUGAAAUUGCGGAGAGCUGGAAGAACCAAAUCCAAUACUUCUCAGAUCGAUCGAAAUACCGCUUGGUUGCACUAGACAUGCGUGGUUUCGGCUUGUCCUCUGCGCCUACUGACAACCGGGCGUAUGCUAUGGAAGCAUUAGUGACCGAACUCGUCGAUUUUGUGGAAAAGCUGGGCAUCAAAACGGCUAUCUGA